AUGCCUUCCCUCAGUGGUUGCGCCCUCUACUUCCUGAUCGCAGCUUCACAACUCGUCUCUGCAUGGCCGACCCAGCACCCCGGACACGUCCAAAUUCUCACCAGAGCAGAGCAACUAGCCACGGAAUACGAUUAUGUGAUCGUCGGCGGCGGCACUUCUGGUCUGACCGUUGGUGACCGUCUCAGUGAAGAUGGAAAAUACACCGUUCUCGUGGUUGAGUAUGGUUACUACGAUAGCCAAACGGGCAUGAAUCCUCGACGCAUGUACAAUAUUACGUCUAAACCGUGCCCAAACCUCAACGGACGCAGUUUCUCCGUAGGGAUCGGAUGUGUCGUGGGCGGGAGCUCCAACGUCAACGGCCAGGUCUUCUUGAGGGGAACAAAGGAUGAGUACGACGCCUGGAAAGAUCUCGGCGGAGCUGGGUCUACUUGGGGCUGGGACAACCUGCUUCCUUAUUUCAAGAAAGGCAUCACUCUUGCGCCCCCUGAUGCUGCCCAAGCUCGAGAGUACAACAUCACCUACGACAUGAAGUAUUGGGGCACCGAAUCCAAGAUCUAUGCUGCCUUCGGCAAGGGACCUUUACAGUCCAGCCUUAAGAUCCUUUACAACGCCAUGGCAAAAAUGCCUGGCAUGACCAUUCCCAUCGACAGCGGCGCCGGUGAGGCCGGUCUCUAUUGGUAUACAAUGUCCCAGGACCCUGUGCAAUUCCAGCGCUCCUACGCUCGCACAGGCCAUUGGGAUGGCCUCAACCGGCCAAACUACGAGAUGAUUGUAGGCGCCAAAGUGAACCGCAUUCUCUUUGAUGGCGACACCGCUACAGGUGUGCAGUUCGUCUCGCGCAACAACACUGGCGCCGCGCCGGUCCAGAUCAAAGCUCGGCGCGAGGUCAUCCUUGCUGCAGGAUCUGUUCACACGCCCCAGGUCCUCAUGCUAAGCGGCAUCGGACCUCGCGUACACCUUGAGCAGGCCCGUAUCGCUGUCAAAGUCGACCUCCCAGGGGUCGGGUCGAACUUCCAGGACCACAGCUAUAUUCCCAGUAUCUCGUACCAGUGGGGCAAAGCUCCUCCGAACACUGGCGGAGGUGGCUGGGGUGGGGGCGGUCCGCCAGCACUCGCAUCCAUGAUCGGCUUGCCUGUUGUCAGCCCUGACAGGUUCGAGACUCUCGCCAGGGCGUUCGAAGCGCAGGAUCCCAAGUCUCAUUUGCCUUCAAGCUACACCGCAGAGCAGAUUGAGGGUUACAAGCAGCAGCAAAAGGUCUGGGGCCGCCUCAUGCGCUCCAAGAACGUCGUCUUCUCCGAGAUGAUGAUGUACGGUCCCGGUGGCUCUGUGCAGAAUCUGCAUUGUAUGUCCCGCGGUAACAUUCUCCUGAACACCGCCCAACCCGAGGCCGAGAUGGUCGUCGACUAUCGCGCUGCGUCCAAUACCAUUGACCUUGACGUCAUGGCCGAGAUCAUCAAGUUCAUGCGCCGAUACAUGACCACUGGUGAACUUGCGCAGUACCAGGCUCGCGAAACGUCGCCCGGUACUGGUGUCUCAACUGAUGCUCAGCUCGUCAACUGGGCCAAGGGCCAGAUCAUCCCCUCCGUCUACCACCCUGUUGGAACGACCGCUAAGAUGCCUCGUGAGUGGGGUGGCGUUCUAGAUGAGGAUCUCCUGGUCUACGGCGUUAAGAAGCUGAGAGUUGUCGAUGCUUCGAUGAUGCCCACGACCGUUGGCGCGACUACUUCCAUGACGGUCUAUGCUGUAGCUGAGAAGGCUGCCGACAUGAUUAAGGCUCAGACAUAG